AAUACCCGACCCGAUUCAUUUCCCUCUCUCGAUUUCGAUUCGAUUCGAAAAAGGAAAGGAAAUGCUCGAUCGAUCCCACGAGCCGCAGACCGCGGAGGCCGACAACGGCGGGGCGGCUGGCGGCGGCGGGAACGUAGAUCGGGUGCUGUUCAAGAACCUCGUCGAGAUGGUACCGCUCGUCGAGUCGCUCAUGGAUCGGAGGGUGAACCCGUCCUACUCGCGCCGCGCGUCGCUGGUGUACACGCCGGCGCCGGCCAAGAAGGCGAGUGAUUUGAAAAGUGUGAAGACACCACAAAGUGUGUCCGCGAAAAAACGGAGGGAUCCUGGAGAUGAAGCCAAGAAGAGUGCCCCAGAUUUGAAUGGCGAAAACGGCUCAGUUGCGCCGUUGUGUCUAUCGGGAGUUGAAAAUAAACCCAAGGAUAAAGGUGAGAUGACCGUGCUGUGCGAGCAGAUCGAUGGGCUGCAAAAGAAACUGCUUGAAAAGGAGGAGGCACUGCGGUCUGCAGAGAGCUCAGUGAGCGAGAUGAAUGCAGCAUAUUCCACCAUUGAUGAGCUAAGGUGCCAGGUGGUUGAGAAAGAAGCUUUGAUCAGGUCUACCGAUUCUCAGUUGCACAACGCGAAGAUUAUGCUUGCGGACAAACAAGCAUCUUUAGAGAAACUGGAAUUGGAGGUAAAGAUGUCAAAUAAGAAAGUCGAAGAUCUUCAAGGAGAUGUUUCCAAUAUGGAAUUCGAGAUAAGUUCAUUGAUGGCGUUAUUCGAAAAUGUUUUGGAAAAUGUUUCAGGUGACUGUUAUGAUGGUAGUAUACCAUCAUCGUAUGAAUUAGAAGCACUUCAAUCAAUGAGUGAAAUCGACAAGAUUGAGGUUGAGAACAUAGAGCAGGAAAGGAUUACAUAUGCUGAAGCUCUUGCGGCUGCAAGAGAGAACCCUAACGAGGAGCAAUUAAAUUUAGCUGCAGAGGCACGGUUAAGGCUGCAGGUCUUUGUACUAUGAUGCCCGAAUUGCCCCUUCUAAUUAUGUAGUGUAUGUAUGAUAAUGUUGAACUGCUGAUGUAAUUGUAAGUGUUGGCUUGAGUUGAGGCGCGUUUGAAAUCGUUCUGGUGGUUAUGGGAAACACUGGGAACUAACAGUCCAUUUUGUAAUCAUAUUUAUUCGGUCCUGAGCUCUGCAUUGCUGGUCAGAAAACUUUAGCUGUC